AAGCUACUGUUCCCCGCACAUAUCCAAACUUCUCACUUGGACUGUAGCUUGCAAGUCAAAUAACACUCCUGCUUCUUCAUCCCUUAAUCUUGUAAGUCUCCAAUUCCAAGUCUGAGCGCACAAGCGAAGCAAAGUGACACAGAAGAAUAAAGGGGAGAAUAAAGCAAAGGAGAAAGAAAUAAAAUAUUCCCCCCCACUGUUUUCAACUUUCAAUCCUCCACAAUUGGACUUGAGCAUACUUGAGUUCCAUUUCUGGAUGCCCGAUUAAGUUGGGAGAUACAACGUCUAGCUACGUCUCUUACACAGAGAGAGGUAGACUGGGAGAGAGUCAGAGAUGAGUGCCUUGUCUAUUGUUCCUCUGCUCCCUUCAAAGCGAAGGCCCUCUGUGUUUGAGCAGAACAUCCCUCUCCCCCCCUCCACAAGAAAACCCAAGAAGAGAAUUGGUCCUGUGGCAAGGUUAUUUGGGCCAUCGAUUUUUGAGGCAUCAAAGCUGAAGGUGUUGUUUGUAGGGGUUGAUGAGAAGAAGCAUCCAGCGAAGCUGCCGAGGACUUAUACACUAACACAUAGUGAUAUUACCGCUAGGCUUACUUUAGCCAUCUCACAGACAAUAAAUAAUUCUCAGUUGCAGGGAUGGUCUAACAAAUUGUACAGAGAUGAAGUGGUAGCAGAGUGGAAGAAAGUGAAGGGGAAGAUGUCUCUCCAUGUUCAUUGUCACAUCAGUGGAGGCCAUUUUUUAUUAGAUUUAUUUGCAAGGCUCAGAUAUUUCAUCUUCUGCAAAGAACUCCCUGUGGUGUUGAAGGCCUUUGUACAUGGAGAUGGGAAUUUGUUGAACAACUAUCCGGAAUUACAGGAAGCUUUGGUUUGGGCUUAUUUCCAUUCAAACAUUCCAGAAUACAACAAGGUAGAGUGUUGGGGUCCAUUAAAGAAUGCUGCAGCACCUUCUUCUGGGAUCUGUGGGCCCCAAGAAAACAACCAGAAGACAACCUCUGCAAGUAAUUGGGACUUGCCCGAGCCAUGUAAAGAGGAAUGUGAGUGUUGUUUCCCACCAAUGAGCGUGAUCCCAUGGUCAGAAAAACCCCACAUAGCCACUGAAACUAAUGAAGGGACCCAACAGAGCUUUCAACAAGCAGCUCAAGAACCCUAAACGGUUUGUCCGUUUCUUUUAUGUCUGAUUGUGUAGCUCAUGUAUAUAUGUAGGGAACUGAAAAUGGUAUUCCGACCGGAAAAAAAAACUGAAAUGGUAUUCCGACUGAAAAAAAAACUGAAAAUGGUAUCCCUCCCUUGGUGUUGAAUUAAAUGAGGGGUGUAUUAAACUUGGUUUUUCUUUUGUAUUUUGUAGACUGAACCUCAAGAAUUAGUAAAUAGUUUGUGUGGUAAUGUGAUGUUAGAUCAUUCUUUUUCUA